GUAAGGGCCCAUUCACAUCUGUUCACACCAGUGCGUUAUUCUUUAAUUGUUUAAGUAAACUUGCGUUGUUGCGUUAACGCAUCAUUUUGGCGCACUGCGUCAACGCAACGAAUUCUCGAGGAAACAUUCCUUUGCGUUGACGCGCUGCGUUGUCUGAGAUUUGAGUUGAGUUCCGGUGCUUUGUUCUGUGGUUUGGCGAUGGCUUUGAGCAAACAUCAAAAAUUGGGAUUACUGUUGUGGCUGAAAAGACGCAAGGAUAAAAAAAAUAGAUGCAAAAGAAGAAGGUGGUGGGUGCAUCCUAUUUUGCAGAGAAGAGAGACUAGAGGCGAGUACCACAGGCUUUUGAAAGAGAUGAGAUUGGAGAGGAGAAGCUAUUUUGAGACCUACCUCCGCAUGUCAGUCGAAGACUUUCAAAUUUUAAUAACUUUAGUUGGGCCUGUUAUAAGUAAACAAGCUACAGCAUUCAGGAAGCCGAUACCACCAGAAGAGAGAAUUGCAGUAACAUUGAGAUUCUUAGCUACUGGCGAUAGCUAUAGAACUAUAGCUAACAGCUAUCGUCUUGGCAUAUCAACUGUGAGCAACAUUGUCUCAGAAACAUGUUCUGCAAUAUGGGAUGCAUUGAGAGGGGAUUUCCUCAAAUGCCCAUCAAGUUGUUCCGAAUGGACUGAGGUUGCCGAUGUUUUUCACAAAAAAUGGCAAUUUCCAAACUGUUUGGGCGCUAUUGAUGGAAAGCAUGUUGUUGUUAAAUGUCCUAGCAAUGCUGGAUCGUUGUAUUACAAUUACAAAAAAACGCAUAGCAUUGUGCUCCUGGCUAUCGUUGAUGCAUGUUAUAAAUUUCUUGCGGUGGACAUUGGCGCCUAUGGCAGAGCAAGCGAUGGGGGAAUAUUUGCGAACUCAUGUUUUGGCCGUCGCCUGCAGAAUGGAACCUUGAGUCUACCCUCACCAAGGCCAUUGCCAGUAACGAAUGGACCUACUGUUCCGUUCGUAUUCAUUGGGGAUGAAGCCUUUCCCUUGAAAGAAAAUCUGAUGAGACCAUUUCCUGGCAAUGGUCUCUCGCAGGAGAAAAGAAUCUUUAAUUAUCGCCUAUCGCGGGCAAGAAGAAUGGUAGAGAGCACAUUUGGCAUCUUAGCUAAUCAGUGGAGAGUCUAUCACAGACCAAUACCAUUGAAGCCCAGCAAUAUCGACUCUGUCAUAAAGGCAACAUGCUGCCUACACAAUUUUUUGAGAAGAGAUGUUGCUGGGGCUGCACCAGUUGACGAUAAUAUUACAGUGUCCACUCAACUGCUGCAUGACAUACCCGGGAGUGGUGGCCGUGCAACACAGAGCGCACAAUCUGUUCGCAACACCUUUGCCAACUACUUUGCAGGGGAAGGUGCUGUGCCCUGGCAAUGGCACCAUUGCUGAUCUUUUAACAAUUUUAUAGAUGAUUACUGAACUGCAGAGGUAUUACAAAUCUGAUAUGCUAGUAUAUUUGGUACUCCCUAAGGAUGUGAACCAAGAUGGACACCUGAACCUGGUAUGUUUACCAGGUUAGGUUUAGGCCAUAAUUUAUUCCAAUUUUCCUUAUUUUAGUUCGGGGACUAGACAAGCGACUCCCUUAGUAUUUGUACCUGAAAAUUUUGCCUAAACCUAACCUGGUAGACAUACUAAGUUCGGUGUCUGCCAUCUUCGUUCACAUACUUCAGGAUUACCAUAUAAUCAAUAAUUGAAAACAAUGUGUUCCAAGUAAAUUAUAUUUCCCCAAAUUCGAUGUUGUACAGAAGCUCGUGAAUUUUAAUUUUCGCAAGUUGCAAACGUUGUACUGGUAGCCUGCGUAGAGUAUCUACGAGGCUCAAUGCAAAUUUUUCAGCAUCAUCACUCUCUGUAUGUAAAUAAAGGUAUGAUUAUUAGAUUGGAAA